UUCACUCAGCUCAAAGAGUGGAGUUGAAAUAGCUACAAAAUUAAAAAUAUUUUCUAAACUAAAUUUCAGAAUAACCCAAUCAAUUCAAAACAAACAUAAAAAGGGCCAAACGAUGAGCAAAAAAUUGAUUGAAUCUAGUGACGAAGACAACGAUGAUUUGGAUAAAUAUUUGGAUUCUUUAAAAACUCAACAAAGCAAUCAACAAAAGGAUAAUGAAAUGAUAGAAAAAGAUUCUGAUGAACAUUCUGAAAUUAUACAAACAAAAAAGGAGGUAAAGAGAAGGAAAGUAAUAGAUGAAGACGAAUAAA